UGCUGACCCCUGUGAUAGAAGUAGCUUCUUCCUAGAUGCAUCCUGAUUGGCCACUAGGUGUCACGCUGAGUUUAAAGUGAUGGUGACGCAGUCGUCGGUCAAAGCAGAGGAAGAGACGGCAGACACCGCACCUUCGACCAAGGUAAAGCAUGGCAAUGACUGGCCCGAGCUCGUGCUCCUCCAUGAGUAACCACACCAAGGAGCGGGUCACUAUGGCCAAAGUGACCCUGGAGAACUUCUACAGUAACCUCAUCGCCCAGCACGAGGAGAGAGAGAUGAGGCAGCAGAAGCUGGAGAAAGUGAUGGAUCAGGAGGGCUUGCAAGAUGAAGAGAAACGUAUCCGGCGUUCUCAGCAUGCAAGAAAAGAGACCGAGUUUUUGCGUCUGAAACGUACUCGACUGGGUCUGGAGGACUUUGAGUCCCUGAAGGUGAUUGGCCGAGGAGCUUUUGGAGAGGUUCGUCUGGUGCAGAAGAAAGACACCGGUCACGUCUAUGCCAUGAAGAUCCUCCGCAAAGCCGACAUGCUGGAGAAGGAACAGGUUGGUCAUAUCCGUGCUGAGCGGGACAUUCUGGUAGAGGCAGAUAGCCUGUGGGUGGUCAAAAUGUUCUACAGCUUCCAGGAUAAGAUGAACCUCUACCUCAUCAUGGAGUUCCUGCCAGGAGGAGACAUGAUGACCCUGCUGAUGAAGAAGGACACUCUGACAGAAGAGGCCACUCAGUUCUACAUAGCUGAGACGGUGCUGGCCAUCGACUCCAUCCACCAGCUGGGCUUCAUUCACAGAGAUAUCAAACCAGACAACUUGCUGCUGGACUCCAGGGGUCACGUGAAGCUGUCUGACUUUGGUCUGUGCACGGGGCUGAAGAGGGCUCACCGCACAGAGUUCUACAAGAACCUGAACCACAGCCUGCCCAGUGACCUCACCUUCCAGAACAUGAACUCCAAGAGGAAAGCAGAGACCUGGAAGAGGAAUAGGAGGCAGCUGGCCUUCUCCACAGUGGGAACCCCAGACUACAUCGCUCCAGAGGUCUUCAUGCAAAAUGGAUACAACAAGCUCUGUGAUUGGUGGAGCCUGGGUGUCAUCAUGUACGAGAUGCUGAUAGGUUACCCUCCGUUCUGCUCAGAGACACCUCAGGAGACGUACAGGAAAGUGAUGAACUGGCGAGAGACGCUGACCUUUCCUCCAGAAGUGCCUAUAUCGGAGAAGGCCAAAGACCUGAUCCUCCGGUUUUGCUGUGAGGAGGAGCACAGGGUUGGUGCUGCAGGUGUGGAGGAGAUCAAGUCCAAUCCUUUCUUUGAGGGGGUGGACUACGACCAUAUCAGAGAGAGACCUGCUGCCAUUCCCAUAGAGAUCAAAAGCAUCGACGACACCUCAAACUUCGACGAAUUCCCUGAUUCAGAUAUCCUCACACCAACAGUCGCCCCGGUGUCCAACCAGACCGAGGCUGACCUGAAGAACAAGGACUGGGUCUUCAUCAACUACACCUACAAACGCUUCGAAGGCCUGACUGCCCGAGGAGCUAUACCGUCCUACAUGAAGUCAGGGAAGAGAUGAACACCUCACAGCCUCACACGGGCUUUUAACCAGCACCACCAUGAAACCUGAAAGAGUCGUCCAAACCCCUGAAAGGAGAACUCUGUGUGUUCUCUCUGUGUUACCCGAGUGACGAGGAUUCUCGCCUACACGGGACUCUGCAAAUAAAAAAAAAAAGGGGCUCAAUUUCAUCCGUUGCUUUCCAGGAACCGCUGCCUUCAUUUCUGCAGGUCUUCACUUUCUCUGAUGCUUCCGAGGGUACCUUUCUACUUCCUGCUCACACAUGAAGACUGAACUGGGAUUAAAGUGACUGGGAUUCUCUCCACUUGCCUUUUAUUCCCUACAGUGGAUGCAGUGGGAUGUCUUCACUCCUGAUACCAGCAUCCAUUACAUUCCCUUCUCUAUAAACCAGCACCAGUCUGUUCCAGCUCCUUCUCCUUUUCCAAACCAGGACAUCCACUCCAUUUCGCCCCGUUUUUACGUUGACUCGUCAACUCGAACAUUACAUUUAAGUCGUCACUUGAAGUGAAUCAGGUGCUCUUCAGGGAUUCUGUCCAAAUGCUCACUAUGAGGCUUCUCUAAAGUGCUGCUGGCUUCUGACCUAACCAAAGACUGUGAGCUGAAUGAUGUUUCUGCUUGAUCUCCCUGUCACUUCUUGUAACUUAGAAUUUUUUUUUUAGGUUCAUAAUUGCAAGUGUUGCUCGUUGAAAAAGUGAACAUACGAGCGAUGCAUUUUGUGGAACAAACCCAAGAGUCUCGUUACAUUUUCACAGUGACCCGCUUAUGUCGAAUGACCUUUAGCACAUUAUGUGAUGUGGUGUUAUGGUGUGUGUCCACACACGGGUUUGACAGGGGAGUGAAGGUGCUAUCUCAAAAACUGAAGUCACAAUUUUACAGUUUUAAUGAACAUGAUGCAAACUGAGAUUUAGUUUAGUCUCACUAGAGUGGGGAGGCCUAGAUCAUUAUGAAACAAACAAUAUCCUCCCAUGCAAACUUCAACUAAUGCAAUUUUUGUAGACCUAGCAUCUGUUAAAAAAAAAAGCAAAAAAAAAAGCAGUUUGACCCACAUUUAAUAGUAUACAGUACAGAAUGGAUACAUUACUGCAGUGCAGACGUGUACAGCUGAAUGCACUGCAACCUGCAAAAUUCCAAGCAUUCAACUCAUUGGGUUGGAGUGUGAACAAGAUUUAGUGUGGACUUUCUUUUUAAAUAGAGAAGCACAGGGCUAAACAUCUUCCAGUGAACACAAUAUCCAAAUGCUGUCGUUUAAAUUGAAUGUAAAUUAAGUUUUAUGGAGAGAAGUUUUUUUUUUUUUUGCCACAAUAAUUCCAAAAUGCUGUUUGUGUGAAUGUAGCCUGGACCAUACAAUUUAUUUUUCUUUUUUUUAUCUGUGUCCUGGCACAUGAGGUGGGACUAUGGAAGCCCAUUUCCUACAGAAAACAAGGAGAAAAAAAAAAAUAGAUUAAAUUAUGAGCCACGUGUAUAAUAUUGACAUAAUAAAUUUCAUAAUUUUAGAUUUAGUCAAUAUUGUGUAACUCAUAUUAUGACAUACUCUUAUGAGUUUGACUUUGUUGAGUCGAAUUGGGACUUUAUAUCUCAGUAAGUCUGAAAAUAUUGAUUUCAUCAUAUUCGUGACUCAGAAUUUGUUUGAGUAGUUUUUACUUCAAUUAAAGUCUAAUUGUCUAAUUGUAUGUCAUAACAAUGACUUAUUAAAUCUCAUUAUUUAGUCUUAUGUCAUAUGUUAUAUGCCAUAUUUUGAGAUUUCGGAGGUCAAAUUCUGAUAUACUAUUAUACAAUUUUGACUUUAAAAGAUAACUUAAAAAAAUGUGACUUUGUCUUUCCCAUCAUUUUUCCUGGCAGGAAUGGGCUUCCAUAUGUAACAGUUCAGUCUGAAGGUUUUUCUUGUAGUCUGUUAUGUAAACUCUGUGUAUUUAGGUAGUUGUAGAUUGAAGCUCAGCACAUUGGAACGCAUUUUUAGAAAAGCACGCAGUGGAGCUUUUUUCUAUGGCAGGGGGUCACUAUUUUAUCUGUUAUUGGAAUUCUUCUGCUCUGCAUGUUUUUACCAAACAGCAGGUGGGUCAUCUUAAAAGCAAUAGAGCACAUGGAAUGACUUAUUUUAUUGAUGAUGCCACUCGGUGUGUGUGAGUGAGUGUGUGUGUGUGUGUGAUUUCAGGCUAUGGGUGAGGAUGUGAUCAUGCCCAGUAAAAACGAUGCAAUGUUGGAUUGCUUGGAGAUGUGUAUGUUGUUUUCUACGAGUGAUGCUCAGAUGUGUGUAUGCUCUGCUCGUGUCAUCAUGUACCACAUGUGAUUCUGAGAGUCAGAAGUGAGGGAUUUUUGGGAAGGUGGGUGUACAUUAUUUAAACCACUGUUCUCUUUGUAGCGCGUGGCUGGUAUAUUGUUUUCUGCUAUUUGACAAUGAAUUAUUCUGCACUUAC